AUGUCUGGUCUUGAGCAGCAGCAAGACUCGCUGCGGGUUCUGCACCUUGCUCCAAAAGAUGACAACUGUCGGGAUGAGCCUGAUCUGACCCACGCGCGCGUCGAUAGUUUCCACCGAUUACAUGCCCUGGAGAACCUCUCUACAUCAUUUCGAGUACUGCUUGGUACACUACCUAUGAACUAUACCGACGAAGGAAAUUGGAAAUACCCUCCGAUGCGGGAUAUACUUCCCCAUGGGCUACAAGAGUUGUUUCUGUCUACAACGGCUACGAUGGUAUCCCACAACUACCAUGAUGGUUAUUCCGAUCUCUUCAGCAGCGCUCUUCCCCUACAAGCAAAUGGUCUAUACUUGAAGAAGAUCCGCGUAGCAUACUCAGACAUGAUCCCAGGCGCUCAUUCGUUGCCCUUCAAUUUCUGGGAUAUCAAGAAGUCAUACGUUGCACACGGAGUGAAGUUUGACUACUCUAUAUCCAUCAGCGCAGAUCGAGAUGAGCCGGGACUAUCUCUUGCAGAUGCGCACAUUAGCGAUAUGGUUUCCAUGCUCAAGAGUUACGGGCCGAAGGCAGUCGAAAUGGCUCAUCACUUCAGUUGUUUCGGAAGCCAAAUAGUGCAGAAAUUGCUAUCUGAACUAGGCUAUCCCACAGAUUGGAUAAGCAGCGAGGCAGGCCGGAAGUAUAUGUUCGUAUCGUGA